AGCAUUCCUUCAACGGCCUCAAGAAUUUCAUCACAUUACUUAUCCAUUCAUGAAAAAUGUAUUUGAUAUCGUUAUUCAACACUCAAAAGACGUUAAAAAUGGAAUUAUUGACCCUUCAAAAUUUCCAGAUUUUAGUUCAACUAUACCAGAGUUUGAUUCUAAAUUUGAUGAAAUUUGGUCAACGUAUAAUGAUGAAUCGCAAAAUAAGACAAAAAGAGUAUUUUGUAAAGAUAAUACACAAUUUUUUUUAAUGGCUGCAUCAGGCACUUCUUUAUUAUCUGAUCCACGCCUUUUAGAAAUGACUCAUACGUUCUUAAUCCGUAAUCCUGAAAAGUCGGUAAAAUCCUUGUAUAAAGCUAAUGAGUUUAUAUUUAAAAAAGCAUCCACAUCCGAAGAUAAUGAAUUUGCAGGAUUAGAUGAAUUCAGAAAAGAUUUAGUAGGACUAAAGGAAUCAAAACAACUUUUUGAUUAUUUAAAAGAAUCAAAUAAAGAACCCAUCGUAAUAGUUGCUGAUGAUCUAAUUACUAAUCCAGAGAAAGUGAUGAAGAAAUAUUGUGAGAUGAUCGGAGAAGAAUUUAAGGAGGAAAUGAUUCAUUGGGAAUCUAAAAAUGUUAACGAAUGGGACACAAAGAAUAAGCAUAAGGAGAUGGCAUAUAAUGCAGAGCAUAGUACAGGUUUUAAUAAGUUUACAAACAAAAUUGAAAUUGAAAUCGAGUAUCCACAGAUUGUAUAUGAUGCAAUUGACGAAAACAAACCGGAGAAAAUCAAUUCUCGACAAUCUAGAAUCGAUAAUUGA